CAAAGCUUUCCAAACAAGCACUUAUACCACAACGAGUCCGCAGCAGCAACGGAAGCGAAGGCACGGCAUCGACAGCGGGAUCGGAAUCGGCAAACAGAGGGCCGUCGGCGUUUCGGACAGCGAGCCGGUGACACCAGCAGCACUGCACUUCCACGCGACAAAAGAAACAGACACAAGCAAGCAACAAGCAAGCAACAAAAGGAACACGGAAGGAUGGAAACACGAACACCGGCAAUCUCCAUCCAAGCAUCGAUGCUUCUCCUGGUCGCCCUGGCGUCGUUCACGAACAGGUCGGCGGACGCAUACGCAUACGCAUACGCAUACGCGGGGAGGGCAGCUCUUCACGGAGGACAAACACCCGCACAAGCGAAGGGCGUCUCGGCCUUUUGCGCUUCGAGAUCCCGCAAGCGGAAGAGCACGCACGCCUUUGUGCGGCACCACGGGUCUCCUCGAGCGGUGCAGCCCUUUCGUUCCCGUUCGUGUUCGUUUCCCGGGGCCAGCAAAACAAGGGCCUUCAUGUCCGACGACGACGACUUGGACGACUUCGGCUUUGGCGACUUUGACGACGACCUGAUCGACGACGACUUUAUCGACGUGGAGGGCGGCGGGACSGACGCCUUUGGAAGCGAAAGCAACGACGACGAAGAAGAAGAAGAAGAGGAGGARGAGGAMCCCGAGGACGAUCCCUACGUCGGAAUGGUUCCCUACGAGUUUGGGGACGACCCGGGCUCCUCCUCCCUUUCGAGCUCYUCGCUCUCCACCACCACCGGAUCCGCGUCCGUAUCCACAACGGCCAUGACCACCGGGAUGGACUGGGGCGGCGCCCUGGGGGCCCUCCGGACCCGGGUGGACGACCUCGAGUCGGGCAGGGGGGGGGACCCCUCCCAGGCCCUCUUCCGGAGAAUGUCGGCGGACUCCCCCAGCGAGCUCAUCGGGAGGUUCGUCAAGACCGCCGAUCCGCAGGUCGUCCAGGCCAUGAGCGGGGCCGUCACCUCCCUGCUGGGGGGCCUGUCGAACCCGGCCAUGGGGGUCGACGUCCUGGUCCGGGCCAGCGGGGAAAAGAUCGGCUCCCUCUGCUUCCAGCUGCAAAUGACGGGUGAGUAGAUGGUCGAGCAGUCGAGCAGUCGAGCAGCAAUAGYACCAUCAAUAGCAUCAUCGUCAGCAACAACAACCUUUGGGGUUGUCUUGGGUUGAAUCUAACCACUUGCUCCAUCCCUCACACAAUCACCUCUUCUCCGCUCGACUCUUUGCCUCCCAGGAUACAUGUUCCGAAACGCCGAGUACGUCCUGGCCCUCAAGCAGCUGAUGAAGCUCAAGGGAAACGCCUCCCAGCUCACCMUCGAGGACUACAAGGAGGCCUUCRACCGGAUCGACCGGGACCGAUCGGGCUACAUCGAGGCCUCGGAGAUCCAGGAGCUCUUCAAGGAGGCCUACGGGGGAAGGGACGAGGACGUCCCGGCCUUUGAGGUCAAGGCCUUUCUGGAGUUCUUCGACACGAACGAGGACGGGAGGAUCAGCUGGGAGGAGUUCGAGAAGGGACUCACCACCACGGCCACCGCCGCGAGGGCCCGGAGCAAGAAAGACGACUUUGCCGACCGGCUGCUGGCCGGCAUGGAGGCCGGCGAGCCCGGGGCCUACGGCGAUGGCGACGGCGACGACGACGACACCGACGACGACGACGCCUCUUCCGGCGGGCUCUCCGAAACCAUCUCGGGAAGCAUCGAGAUCGAGAUGGACGACGGCAAGGUCGUGGAGGUCGACGCCAAGGAAUACAUGGACAGCCUCCGGGAGGAGGCCCGCAAGCUCAAGCUGGCCCUCCGCGACRAGCAGGGCAGCAGCAGCAGCAACAACGCCGGAGGCGCGGGAGACCCCAUGGCGGGCCUCAACCUCCCCUCCAACCCCUCCGGGGCCGACGAGAUGGUCGACAUUGCCGGCUACAUUGCCUCCCGGAAGGGGGACGUCCGGUCCCUCACGGAGGGCAUCAAGCCGGAGAUCGUCGACACGAUGAAGAAGCUCGUCGACUUUGUCCUGGAGGGCGGGGACAACAACAAAGGCAACAGCGGAAGCGGCGCAAGCGGGGCCGACAGGGACAAGGAGAUGGAGCUCCCCGGGUCGGCCCUACAGCAGCUGGCCCUCUGGCAGCUCGUCCUGGGGUACAAGCUCCGGGAGGAGGAGGCCAAGGGCGACUACAUCAACCUCUUGAAGUAAGUGACGCGACGCGACGCGACGAAAAGGAGGGGCAACGACCGCGAGAAGGCAAGGCGAUGCGAUGCGAUGCGAUGCGAUCCGGCGAGCAAAACGGCCAGCGCACGCAAGCAAUCCAGAGAGAACGCACACAAGCAUCCAGCACGCAAGCAAUCCGGAAAGGACCACCGAUCGAAACAAACACAACCCACGCAGCGGACUGCAAGCACGACCCGAGUGUCAUAGUUAAUUACCUAGUACGUACUGUAUUCCGUAGUAUUCCGUCUAGUUCCAUUGCUGUACUACCCUUUUGCAUACCGUAGGUCCGGGGAACGACGGAACCGAAUGCUGCUAGAACCCAUUCCCGUCCCAAACCCACCAAACGACAAGCAGAAAAAAUGCACAAGGCAAGA